AUGUUUUCCAAUCGCAAAGGCCGCUCUCUCACGUCUUCCAUCCUUCUUCUCGCCGUCGCCUACAUCUUCUUGGUCUGGCUACCUCUCAGCCGUCUUCACACAUACCAAUUAUACCACCCGAGGCCAACCCCCAUCUUCAACAGCGAGAUCUCGUCUCCCAAUGCCAUUCAUUUGAAUUUUUCGACAGAGAGGUACCCCGUUACCUCGUACAGUCCUUUACCAACACACCCGUCUCCAAUCCCCCGCAUCCAAUAUGACUUCCCGCGAGAGUCUAAGCGCGAACGCAAGCAACGAGUCAAGAGGCAAAAGGCUGUGAAAAAGGCCUUUAUGCACGCAUGGAAUGGAUAUAAAUCCCACGCUUGGAUGCGUGAUGAGGUAUCACCCAGCAGUGGCCGAUAUGAGGACUCAUUCAGCGGGUGGGGUGCCACCCUGGUGGAUUCUCUAGAUGCUCUAGUCAUUAUGGGACUCGACAAGGAACUUGAAAUUGCUCUUGAGGCUCUGGAGCAUAUUGAUUUCACUACCACGUUCAGCCGCGAGGUCAAUGUGUUUGAGAUUGUCAUUCGGUAUAUGGGCGGUUUCCUUGCAGCUCACGAUCUGACCGACGGCAAGUAUCCUAUUCUCCUUAAGAAAGCUGUCGAGCUGGGUGAGAUGAUCUUCAAUUGCUUCGACACGCACAACCGUAUGCCGCAGAUGCGUUGGGAUUGGUCCAAAUCCGCUCAAGGCGAAGAAAUCGAACCAUCAGAGCGAAUGGCCUUGGCCGAGCUGGGAUCUUUCAGCGUAGAAUUCACUCGCCUGACUCAAAUCACCGGCGAUCCCAAGUACUUUGACGCCGUUCAGAGAAUCUCAGACGAGCUCGAACGGAGCCAAAACGCCACCAGAAUCCCCGGACUAUGGCCUGUAUGGGUCAACGCAGACCGACUCAAGUUCGACAUGGGUGAAUUCUCGCUAGGCGGAUGUGCCGACUCAGCUUAUGAGUAUCUUCCCAAGGAGCACGUCCUUCUCGGCGCUCAAACAGACCAGUACCGCGAUAUGUACACCAACGCCAUUGAGGCAAUCAAAGAAAACCUUCUCUUCCGAACAAUGACCAAAGACGAGAGUCGGAAGAUCCUAUUCACUGCAGAUGUGCGUGCUUCGAAAGGUGGUGCGUUGCAGAAUAUCCAACAUGUCCAGGAUCACUUGAAAUGUUUCCUCGGUGGGAUGGUGGGCAUUGGCGCCAAAGUAUUCGACCGAGAGGAAGACAUGGCUAUCGCCCGUGGACUGACAGAUGGCUGUAUAUGGGCCUACGACCAAAUGCCCUCCGGUAUCAUGCCUGAGAUCAUGAAAGUAUCGGCCUGCAAAGACAUAGACGACUGUCCCUGGGAUGAGGGCCGAUGGUACAGCGAAGUGAUGGCCUCGCCCGUUCGCACUCCGGAAGAGCGUGAGAAGGCGCAAAAAGUCAUCGAGCUCGAAGGCAUUCCACCGGGUGUUCUCAGCCUGCGGGAUCCUACAUAUAAGCUCAGGCCCGAAGCCCUCGAAUCCGUCUUCAUCAUGUACCGAAUCACAGGCGACAAGUCCCUGCAGGAUGCAGCAUGGCGCAUGUUCCAGAACAUCGACAAAGCCACACGCACCAAGUAUGGCCACUCCUCUAUCGAGGACGUGCGCACUUCCGUCCCAGAACAUACCGAUAAGAUGGAGAGCUUCUGGCUCGCUGAGACACUUAAGUAUCUGUAUCUUAUAUUUUCCGAGCCCGACCAUGUCAGUUUGGAUGAAUAUGUCUUGAGUACCGAGGCACAUCCGUUCAAGAGGCCCUCUGGAUAUAUUUGA